CAAUGGCUUCCAUUCCCACCCUUUCCUCUUCUUCUAUACCUUCAAUCUCUCCCAAUAAUGUUUCAAACCCCACCAACAACAACAAUAAUCUACACUUCACCUCUCUCUUCGGAACCAGAAUCACCAUUCAUCGCUUCUCUCCAAUCCCUCCAUUCCCCUCAGUGAGUUGCCGCACCCGUGCCACCACUGCAACGGUGUCCUUUAGUCUUCCCACCACGAAACCCAAGGCGGAUACAAUUGACAAAACGCCACAGUGGUCGGCGAGGUCUAUAAAGUCUUUUGCUAUGGCAGAAUUGGAAGCCAGGAAGCUGAAGUAUCCCAACACAGGAACCGAAGCACUUCUCAUGGGGAUUUUGGUAGAAGGAACAAGUAAAGCUGCAAAAUUCUUGAGAGCCAAUGGAAUUUCUCUUUUCAAAGUACGGGAAGAAACAGUAGAGCUACUUGGGAAAUCUGACCUGUAUUUCUUUAGCCCUGAACAUCCUCCAUUGACCGAACCAGCUCAGAAAGCCCUUGACUGGGCUGUGGAUGAGAAAUUGAAGUCAGGUGAUGGAGGCGAAAUAACCGUGACUCAUUUACUUCUUGGAGUUUGGGCCCAAGAAGGAUCAGCAGGUCGCCAGAUCUUGUCCACUUUAGGUUUCAAUGAUGAAAAAGCCAAAGAACUUGCCAAAGAAAUUAAUGAAGAUGUUGAUUUGAGCUUUAAGAAGCAAGCUUGAGAAAUUCAUUGAAAGUAGAUUGAUAGCUUUUGAUCCCUGGCAUUGCAAGUUCCUUGAGAAAAUUAACUGUACUCUCCUUUGUUACAAGUUCCUGCAUUGAUGUGCUUGACAUGUAUGUCAAAUACUGUUGUACACUAAUUGGAGAUGAUGCUUUUUCUCAUUCUUUUUUGUUUCAAGUUUUGAGGAGGUCAAAAUUUUAAGUAGCUUUUUAUGGCUUAAUCUUAGUCUCACACUGCUUUACAUUUCCUUGUAAGUUGUAACAACUUUUUGAAUUUUAGUUCAUUUUAUACCUUUUUCCUUA